CAUUUGCUCCCGUUGAAGAACUCCCAAAGCUCUCUCUCUCUCUCUCUCUGUGAUAUCAGUUCCUCUUACUCUAAUGGCGGACCUUUGGUCUCCACAAGUGGCGCUGCCUGACAAGGUGGAGCAACUGCUCCAGAAAAUAUGCAAGGACCAGAAGCAGGCGCCCCCGAGGGCCGACGUACGGCAGAAGCUAGCCUCGCUCGGCGAGGAAGCGGCUCUCGGCAUCCUCCGUGAAAUAUCGGCCUCUUCCAUCAGGAAAAGCCUCGGCGGAUUCAUCCUCUACAUGAUCAACAAAGCCUCCUCUCAGAGACUUGCCCCCGUCUCUCCUCUUUGCACUCCCUCCUCUCCUUCCCGCCCCAUGUUCAGCCCGCCACAAGGGAAUCUGAGAGGCUCACCCUCUUCAAGUUUGAGUUCAAAUUGUGCUGUUAGUCCCAAGUUAGCGGCCUGGGGAGAACUUGAGUUCCGAAAGGCAUUUCUAAUACUGAGUUACAUUGGGGAAAACCAGCUCGAGGAUAUUAAUAUUUCUGCAGAUGAAAUUAGGAGUCUGAAAAAUUUAGGGAUGAUAGAUUUUGAAGAAAGAGUUUGGGAAGCCUUGGGACACAAGUAUAUUGACAAAGAAGACCGGCGAAUGACUCUUGAUUGGGAUGCGAAAAAGACACAUCUCUAUCAUUGUCAUGUUUCUCUGGAUGGAAAAUACAGUUUCAAGGGCCCUUAUUUACACAAAACAAAAACUCACCUACAGAGAGUUUUAGGAGAUGAGAACGUCUUAGCUGUGAAGUUUGCUGAAAAGGUGGCAGGCAGGAGAAUCUUUUCCUGUGACUAUUAUUCUAUGUACCAUAAGAUUGCAAGAGAAGGGAUUCGUGUUGGUUCCCGUCGUUAUUUUUUUUUUGUGUUUAAAGAUGGCGGCAAAGAAGAAAAGAAGAAAAACCCAACUUCUUCACCUGUCAAAUGUUAUUUCAUUCGCAUGGAGUCUAAUGCUACUAUUGAUCAGAGCGAAUAUAUAUUAUCUAGGAAAACAGUUUAUGAAGCAAGAUCUGUAUUUAUGCAUGCACAUGGAUUGUCUAGUGUGACCAGUUUUAUGGCCAGGUUUGCUCUUAUCUUGUCCAAGACCAUAAAGCUUGAAGUUGAUUUAGCAUCUGUUAAUAUUGAAGUAAUUGAAGAUGUACUUUGCAGGGAUACAGAUGGCAAUAUUGUCUAUGAUAAAGAUGAUAAACCUCGUAUACAUACGGAUGGAACUGGUUUCAUAUCUGAGGAUUUAGCUUUGCUUUGUCCUCAUAAUUUUUACAAAGGAGAGCAAAUCAGAGAUGAAAAUAUUGAGAGAAGUUCCAAUCUUGAUGAACUCGCGGGUAAGCUUCUGGCAAUGAUGAAGCAGCCAGAAUCUCAAACCCGAGAACCACCUUUGCUGAUCCAGUUCCGUCUCUUUAACAAUGGUUGUGCUAUCAAGGGAACUGUUUUGGUCAAUAAAAAGCUUCCUCCUAGAACAAUUCAAGUUCGACCAUCUAUGGUUAAAGUUUGGACAGAUCCAAAACUUUCAAAUAUUAGAACAGAGAAUUCAUUUGAGAUAGUAGGAACAAGCAAUAAGCCAAAGAGAACAUUUUUGUCAAGAUAUUUGAUUGCACUUUUAAGCUAUGGAGGAGUCCCGAAGGAAUAUUUCAUUGAUAUAGUUAUAAAUGCUUUAAGGGAUGCUCAUAGCGUUUUCUCCGAUAAGCGUGCAGCACUAAAAGUUUCCGUCUGCCAUGGUGACAUGGAUGAUUUCAGUGCAGCAAGAAUGAUUUUAUCAGGGAUUCCUCUUGACGAAUCAUUUUUGCAACAUCGGCUGUCUAUACUGAUGAAGGAGGAACAAAAAAGUCUUGGAGGAGGAAAGCUUCCAGUACCUGAAUGUUACUAUUUAAUGGGGACUGCUGAUCCCACUGGAAUCCUUGAGAGUGAUGAAGUUUGUGUUAUUCUUGACAAUGGACAAAUUUCGGGGAAGGUUUUAGUCUACCGGAAUCCUGGUUUACACUUCGGUGACAUUCAUGUUUUAAAGGCCACUUAUGUGAAGGCCUUAGAAUCUUUCAUUGGAAACGCCAAGUAUGCUAUAUUCUUCCCUUGUAAAGGUCCACGGUCCUUGGCAGAUGAAAUAGCAGGUGGUGAUUUUGAUGGCGACAUGUAUUGGGUCUCAAGAAACCCCCAGCUAUUGGAAUAUUACAAAGGGAGUGAGCCUUGGACACCGACUUCUUUAAUGCAAAAUGUACCCAAUCAUAAUGUAGUCAAUAAAAAGCCAAGUGAUUUUUCAGCUGAGGAACUUGAGGAAGAGCUUUUUAAACUGUUCCUGACAACUAGGUUUCAGCCAAGCUACGCUAAGAGUGUGGCAGCUGAUAGCUGGUUGGCAUUAAUGGAUCGGCUUCUAAUUCUGCGGGAGUAUUGUAUUGAAGAGAAAGAUCACGCGAAGGCAAACAUACUUCAGUUGAUUGAUAUAUACUAUGAUGCUUUAGAUGCACCGAAAAAGGGUGGACAAAAGAUUGAAGUUCCCAAUGAAUUGAAGGCAGAGUUGUUUCCACAUUACAUGGAGAGGGAGAAGUCUUUCACUUCCACAUCUAUUUUGGGUUUAAUAUAUGAUAAGGUUAAGUCUUAUCAAUCAGAAGAUCCAUCAAUGAAAGAAAUUUGGAAACUCCCUUGUUUUGAUGUUGAAGUCCCUGAUGCAUGCUUGAUCAAAUGGAAGGAACACUACGAGCAAUAUAGGCAGGAGAUGACUAACGCCUUGAAGAAUGGUCAUGAUGAGGGCAAAAAUGAGGCUGCUGAGGAAGUCAUAAAAAAGUAUAAGGAGAUAUUGUAUGGCGCUGCGGAACUUGAAGAGAGUAAAAGGGGGAUGGAAGAAAUAUUUAGUGAGGCUCUUGUAAUAUAUCACAUCACUUAUGAUUUUGCUAAUAGCAGAAGAUCUGCCAGUUAUUGUAGCUUUGCUUGGAGGGUUGCAGGUCCAGCCCUACUCAAGUACCAUGCCAUGAAAAAAGGAGAAAAAUCCUUUCUCUGUAUACCAUCUGUUUUACGGGAGAUCUUUAAUUAACGGGAUAUUGGUAGGUUGUAUCAUAGUUGUAAAGGACAUGAAGUAUUGUAGUGUAAAUAUUUUGCAUUAUAGUAUAAAAUAUAGCAUAUUUUGCUUGUC